CGAGAAGCAAGCACUGCUUCGGUGCGUCACUCCCAGCGUCGAUUCCUGCCUGGCACACCGGUUUGGCUCCAACUUCAUCACAAAUGUGCACUCGAAUCAACCACCCUCUCGACAAGACUCGCCCGGUCUACCCACCUUCGCUCUGUCCAUCUCUCGCUUCCUCCUUGCCGACUCCGACGACCAUGCGGGCAUGAGGCUCUGUCGGGCACAUUAUCAUCGAGACUUCUUUCUAUCAUCCUCCUACACAGCCCCAAAGUUUUCAACCCAACUUCUCCCUCUCUCGACUUUCUGGUUCUUUUCCCUCUUCCUCCUCGAACCUCACCUCGUUUCCUCGGGCAAAACUGGGCGGCUUACUUUGCCUUUGCCUCACCGGUCACUGGCUUCUUCUUCCCGACUCUCAUGGCACCCACACUGCCAUAGGCAUACCUUAGACUGACUGCACCGAGGCUGAGUGCCUGGAAGUAUCAACCGACGACUGAGUUAGCAUUCUGACAACUUGCACACCUUCCCCCAACUUAUCACGGGCAUUGUCUAAUCAACUCCGAACGGGAUCGGUCGAUAGUGAGUCUUCCCGAGCCAGGAACUAAUCGCCUCACUUCUUCAUGCCCAGAACUCUCGUCGAAGACUUUGCCGGACGAUGUGGCUAAUCCACUCAUAACAGCCCUCUUCUUUCUCUUUCUCUACUCCUCAGGAUGGAGGGAAAUUCAUCCCAGGUCUUUCCAACACGCCCUCGAAGGCUUCGGAACGCCAGAUCAAAUGCAUCGAUAGCUCUAUCUCAUACCGGCGGCGCUGCUGCGCUCGACACAGCCAUCGAUGCAAACACAGAUUUGACGGGGCUCCAGUCCCCUCUGGACGAGAUGGCCUUCGCGAGCAACGAGGCCGCAGGGCUCUCCUUCUCAAUUUUAGGAUACGGUCUUGUCGACUCUUCUGCCUCCUUCAUACCGUUCUCUCCCAGUGAGUACCGCCAAGGCAACGAACAAUAUCUUGUUCCCAGUCCUCACUUGCUUGCAUCGCAUUCACGGAUCGUGGAUCCAACAUCGACUGGUCUCUCCGGGGCCGCACAUCAACAAUCGAAUUCCCGUGCACCCGACGCCAUCCCGUGGAAUCAUCUAGCGGCUACUCAGGGCGGAAUACGCGACCUCUCUGAUGACGUCCAGACCAGGAUACAACCAAUCCCUAAGCUCGCGAUCAAUCCCGGACACAGAAGGACCUGCUCGACAUUCAGUGGACAAGACUCUGUCGAAGAUUCGGCUUAUUGGACUGGGCCAAAAACAUACCAUGAAGCGGAAUCGGUGACCAGCUCCAGUGAAGAACAAAUGGAUCGGCAGAACAAAAACUACAUCAUGCGUAUGUCCACGCCGACUCAAACAGGCAUAUUUCAAUCUUCUCGCUCGUCAAGCACUAUCACGCCGGCUUUAUAUAGCGACCUCCCACGCCAGUCAAAUACUUCCGUCCCAAAUGCCUCCACACCACUCGACAAUAAUGCUGAGGACGGCUCAGAAUCCUCGACACUAUACUGCGACGAAUGUAAGUAUGCAGGAAAGACGAGGUCAGACAUGAAAAAACACAACGCCCGCCAUGAGAGGAAAUACAAAUGCCAUUAUCAUGCAUGCUCUCGCCGCAACAAGGGCUUUGCUACAAGCAAUGACCUCGAUCGCCACUUGAAAUCAGUUCACCAUGUGAACAACCGGAAGACCAAGUAUUACAAAUGUUUCGCAAACGGCUGCCCAAGAGCUUCAAAGUUGUGGCCGAGACAGGACAAUUUCAAGCAACAUCUCGUCAAAAUGCACAAAGGCCAAGAAGAGGACGAUCUUAUGCGCCGAUCCGAGCAGUGGUAUGCCGAGUUUCAGCGUCAACGACAAGCUGGACCACGACAAGAAGUCGAAACACAGUCACAGACAACUACAGAUGAAAUGGUCGCCGAUAUGGCUAACAUGCCUGUGAGACAGCAGCUCGCUGUCUACAACUACCCCGAGUCAACAGCGUCCUACAAUUCAGGACCGCCUCUGGAAUUCUCGAUGGUCCGAACACAGAGCUUUGACCUACGGAACAUUGAUCCAAGGCUAUCUAGUCCAUCAGAGCCUUGUGCUCAGAAUUCUGGAAGUCAACGUCGACGAGACUCGACGCCGGUGAACCCAGCGGAUCUGCGUCAGCAAAUUCUCCCUUCACAUGCCUCGAACACCCAGAGUUUUGCACCCCCUAGAAUAACGGCAGUAAGGCCACGAUCACAGACUGGAUUUGAUCAACCUCUCCCUACAUCCAGAGUGUCAACCGAUGCCAAUCUCUCCAACAAAUAUAGCUCUGUUCAUGAGCAGCCGUGGACUGGUGUACAGUCCCAUCCACCGGCCAUGAAGGUGGCUCGCAACGUCAAGUACGCGUGGGAGAACGAGCAGAUGAGAAUGAUCCGAGGACCAUAUACUGUGGCAAAUCCUUUCUUGGAUGUAGGUAGGAUGACCGAGGUGCCAUCACCCCAAGAAGUCCAACCAGCAAUGCUGCACGAAUUAAGAGGCGAACAAGAAGAUAUUGUGAUGAACGCAGACGGAGGUGCUACCGGCGAUGCUGUGACUCCAAUCUCGCCUCUGUGUCCACAAGUCAAAGUGACUCCGCCAGAAGGAGAAAGCAAACAUGAUACAACUCGUCUCACCAAACGUCUUGUGGAUGAAAUCGCCCACAUCUUGGGUGAGCAUCGGGCAUUGUCCAACAAAGACGGUCCAAGCCUCUUCAGCCUCUCCGAAGAGGAGCUGCUCGCGCGUUUCAGGUCGAGCUUGCGAUCAUCUGUGAGCAGUGUUGGGAGCUCAUCCCUGAGCCUAGUUACUGGAGACAACAAAGAUUCAGAAACGUCUGCCGUCAAGAAGUGUCCUGCCACGAACCAGACGUAUCACAUAUGUCAGCAAUGUGGCAAGAUAAAAAUGCGAGCCAGCGAGCUGAAGAAACACAUGCAACGUCACGAAAGGCCCUUUGGUUGUACCUAUGACCAAUGUAACAAAACCUUUGGAAGCAAAAACGACUGGAAACGGCACGAGCAGAGCCAACACGAACAACAGGAAUGCUGGCGGUGUCUCAAGUGUCGAAAGGUCAUCUAUCAUGGUCAGAAUCACUAUGUUGAACAUAUGAGACAGGUACACUGUAUCGAUCGGAUUGAUGGGACUGAGCAUAGUCCAGGGAAUCGGAGGAUUGCCAGAAACCAUCAAGGAAGAUUCUGGUGCGGGUUCUGCAAGACCAUCAUUGCCGUCACGCCUGAUCUCGUAGGAGUGGAUGCAAUCACUUAUAGGUUCAAUCAUGUCUCGGAUCAUUUUGUCAAGGACAAGAUGAACAUAAAAUCUUGGGUCGAACUUGACGCAGGGGGCAAGAACAAGGGCUCCCUCAUCGAAUCCUCAACCAAUUCGACACAUGACACCCCACAGGAAGCCGAUGAAGACGAAGAGGGAGAUAAGGGCGAUAAGGGAGAGGGAGAAGACACCAUAAUGACCUCGUCCUAUUCCGAAUCCGACAGCCCCGAGUCCUCAUAUCUGCAGGGUGGAUCUUCGCAUGAAAAGCAGACGUCGCAGUUGACUUUGGCGGAGCACAUGAUGCUUUUCAGUGGACCUCCUGUUAACAAGAUCGAUGCCCAAAGUCGAAGGUCCAAUGUCGGGAAAUCAUCGCCCUCGUUGCCGCAAGGGUACGUAAUCAAAUGCUGUCAGUGCGGGACCUCUGCAAGCUGGUCAUUAGGCGAGGUCUGCAUGGACUGUGGUCACAAAUUCUGCACAAUCCGGUGUAAAUCAAAAGUGCCCAAGGUGAAGGAUUAGAAAGAGACCAUUCUCUGAAGGCAGGUUCUGAGAAGCAGGUUCGACAUGAUAUUGUCAAUGAUGAUGAGUUGGCCGCCUUGUGGCCCGUUUACUGUCCUGGCCUGCCGGCCUUCUGGCGGCCGUCUUCACCACACAUCCAAAGAGUUUGCUAUUCUCGCCUAGAGGCUUGCUUGCUGUUUUAGCCUGCAGCCGUGCCUGCCGUCCUCUUUACCACACACCUAAAGAGAUGGAAAGAUUCGGCCUGGACGCCUGCAUCCUCUUCACCAAGCACCCAAAGAGGCGCAAGGACCUAGCGCAAAAGCUAGAGAUGCCACUCACUAUCGGCUUUUUUUCCUUCUUGUUGUUGGUCUCUUUGGUUCUCAUUACCAAUGACCAUACAAUCAGCCGCACAUCUAUUCCGAAUGGCAGCUUGACAAUCACAUCUUUCGGAUUUAGUCGUCCCGCUGAAGAUACGAGAUGCCGGAUAAUGGAGUAUGAGAAUACGAAAUGCGUGGUUUGCGAUGUUCGGCCAUGGUUUGUUGGUUCACACUGUGGAGGAACUCAUCUUCGACAGUUUUGAGGACUCCUUUUUUUCAAUGUUUUUUAAGCUGGAGGGAGACUUUUUUUGCUUGAGCGCGUUUUGGAAUACAGCACGGCAUGAACAGUUUAUGAUAUGAUAACGACCAUAUAUUUCUUGAGCGCACUUUGAGAUGACGGCCUUGGAUAGUUUUAUGACAAUGACAAUCAGAAUUUUCUUAACG